CCCCCUCAACACAUGCACGGUCCUUCCCCUCCGUGGGCCACAUCCAACGACCCACCACCCACCUGGCGCCCCUCCCUGCGCAUACUCCCUCAGCCGCAGACGUCGACCACCCACCACCACGUAGGAACGUUUGGGAAGAAGCAGUUUGCCGCCGGCACUGGGCACAAGGUCUCUGGCACGACCUUUCGUCGCGGACGGCGGGCCUUUCCGGCUCGGUCGGCGUCCAACCCCAUUGUGCCGGCCGAGUCGCGCGCUCCGGCUCCGCCGCCGUCGCGAUCGGCUGUCUCGACCUCGUAUGGCCUGCGGAGUCAUCCGCCGCAAGCUCCGCCGCGGGCUCCGGAUGCUGCUGCGGGUCCUCGCGGAGGGCGGGCGCUGCGUGCCCGCUUCCGCACCGCCCAAGCCGAGUCGUCGCACGGCCCGCCGCCCGAAUGGGGCCGGGGUGUGGAGCACACUCCGGGAUUCUGGAAGCACGAGGGCAUCACUCCGCUGGCCUCGUACCGCAAGCGGAUCCGUGCUCUCCCGCGCUCCGCCCGGCUCGUCCUUGCCGCCCGCAAGGCCUCGGCCGCCCGCUCAUCGCAGCGCUCGAUGCCGUUCACGGACCGUGUCGCCAUCCGCCAGCGCGAUGAGGCUGUGCAGGCCGUCCGCGCCCUCGAUGCCUGGUCGCCGUCGCGCAUGGCUGGCGCCUCCACCGCGGCCGCUGCCUUUAUGAGCGGCCUCGGCGCAGCCUCACCUGACCCGAAUCCCGACGCCGACGCCGACCCGCAGCCUGCUCGGUCGGGCUCGCGGUCGCGCGACGCCGAGUCGCAGGCGUCCGACACCUCAUCCGAGGCCUCGUUCUCUGAGGAGAUCAUCGCCCGCCAAGCGCAAGAACGGCUCAAUCGCCGCAUCCGGCGGGCACAGGCUCGCCGCAAGCGCCGCAAGCGACUGGUGGUCAUCGACACCGCCGACGACGAUGACCCCGGAACCGACAUGGCCCUUGCCGACGCCACCGACGUCGUCUCGGAUCUCUCGCGCAAGCUCUCCAUCGCCUCCACCCCCGUCUUCCAGCGCCUCUUGCGGUACGGCUGAUGGCCUGCCUGCUUCCCUCCUGCCGUGCCGGGGCAGUCCGUUGAGCGGGACACCGAACAAAUUGCCAGCGAACA